AUGUGGAAGCAGACUUCGGAGGUGACUUUGGAUGAGUUUUGCGGUUGCGGAAAGAGGACGGUUAUGGUGACGUCGUGGACAGACAACAAUCCGGGAAGGCGAUAUGCAACGUGCAAAGGGAGCAAAAUCGGACGGGGUUGCAAGCAUUUUGUGUGGAUCGACCCUCCAAUGUGUACAGCGCGGCAAAUUAUACCUGGACUUUUGAGACGCAUUAAUCUGACUGAAGAUGAAUUGACAAGCAAGAAAAAAAAGGUGAAGAUGUUGUGGUGUGUUUUGGUUAUUUCAUGGAUCAUGAUGUUUUUCCUCCUUAAGAAGUAA